CGUGGGGCUGCCCCUCCCCGGAGGCGGCGGGGGCGGCCGGGGCCGCACCGCACCGCACCGCGCGGGUGGCUAUGGAGCGAGCCUGAGGUCCGCCAGGAAUUGUGGAGGAAUUGCCUGCAGUGAAGAAAUAUGUAAUCAUGGAUUCGCCUUGCUAACCACCACCACCUGUUCUGAUAAGCCAGGAAGUGGGUGGAGGAGAAGAAAAAGAAGCCAACAUGAAGCUAAAGCAGCGAGUUGUGCUGUUAGCAAUACUCCUCGUCAUCUUUAUCUUCACCAAAGUUUUCCUGAUAGACAACUUAGAUACAUCAGCUGCCAACCGAGAGGACCAGAGGGCUUUUCACCGAAUGAUGACUGGCUUGAGGGUGGAGCUGGUGCCUAAGUUGGACCACACCCUGCAGUCUCCUUGGGAGAUUGCAGCCCAGUGGGUGGUACCCCGGGAAGUGUACCCUGAAGAGACACCAGAGCUGGGAGCAAUCAUGCAUGCCAUGGCCACUAAGAAAAUCAUUAAAGCUGAUGUGGGCUAUAAAGGGACACAGCUUAAAGCUUUACUGAUACUUGAAGGAGGACAGAAAGUUGUCUUCAAACCUAAGCGGUACAGCAGAGACUAUGUGAUAGAAGGGGAGCCGUACGCUGGUUACGACAGGCACAAUGCAGAGGUGGCAGCCUUUCAUCUGGACAGGAUUUUGGGUUUCCGCCGAGCUCCCUUGGUGGUUGGCAGAUACAUUAAUCUGCGAACAGAGAUCAAGCCUGUUGCCACGGAGCAGCUGCUGAGCACCUUCCUCACUGUAGGGAACAAUACCUGUUUCUAUGGAAAGUGCUAUUAUUGCCGAGAAACAGAGCCAGCGUGUGCUGAUGGAGACAUGAUGGAAGGUUCUGUCACACUCUGGCUUCCAGAUGUGUGGCCUCUGCAGAAACAUCGACACCCCUGGGGCAGGACUUACCGAGAAGGCAAACUGGCCAGGUGGGAAUACGAUGAGAGCUACUGCGAUGCUGUGAAGAAAACGUCCCCCUAUGACUCAGGCCCACGCCUCCUGGACAUCAUCGAUACUGCUGUGUUUGAUUACUUGAUUGGCAAUGCUGACCGACAUCACUAUGAAAGCUUUCAAGAUGAUGAAGGCGCUAGCAUGCUUAUCCUUCUCGAUAAUGCCAAAAGCUUUGGGAACCCCUCGCUGGAUGAGAGAAGCAUUCUCGCCCCUCUCUAUCAGUGUUGCAUCAUUCGGGUUUCUACCUGGAGUAGACUGAACUACCUAAAGAACGGAGUGCUAAAGUCUGCCUUAAAAUCUGCCAUGGCCCACGACCCCAUCUCCCCUGUGCUCUCCGAUCCACACUUAGACACUGUGGACCAGCGGCUUCUGACUGUCCUGGCCACUGUCAAGCAGUGCACUGACCAGUUUGGGAUGGAUACUGUGCUGGUGGAAGACAGGAUGCCGCUCUCCCACUUGUAACUCAACACGAAGCAAGUGGAACUGAUUUUUACAAAGAUAGAGAAACAGCACAAUGAAUUCCAAAUGGCAUGUGACGGCCUGGAAGUGGCCAGCAGCGGGCUCUGGUGGUAGACGACAGUGGCCCUGGCAGUGCUUGGGGUUUUCUGCAGUGGAGGCUGCACACCACAGUUGCAGCGGAUCACCUGA